UUAAGUGAGCCGGUGCUAAAGUGGACGGACACUGAUCACAUAUCAGCAAAUGGAGGAAAAAUCACUCCUUGGUAUUGGAGUGAUUGUUCCUCCAUUGCCUUUGUUUUGCACAGUCCUUGUGGAAAGAGUGUGCAAUGCAAGAGAACAAGGACAUUCAUAAUCGGAAGAAGGAUGCAAGAUUAAACGCACCUUAUAAAAGAUUUCUGGAUCCAGAUUUUCAGGAAUGUUCACUCCCAAAGACUAGUAGGUGGAGGAUAAAACUGUCUCAUCAUGAUCACUGCGAAAUUAAUAUUAAUUCCGAUAAUCGUGGUACAGACACAGAUGAAAACAUAAGUAUGGAUGAUAAUGGCCAAGGUGAAAUCCAGUAUAAUGAUAAGGAACAUAGAUUUUGCAGUGACAAUGAAAGUAAUCAUGAUGAGCUUUUUAUUAGAAUCAAUGAAGACAGCCAUGACAGUGAUGAAGAGGACAUAUUAAACAAUGUAUACUACACUGGUGGACAAGAGAGUGGUUUAGGACAGAGUUUUAAUAACUGCAGUAAUGACAGUGAGCAAGGAAGUAGUUGGAACUUUGAGGAUAAUUUGGGGGAUGAAAAUGAUUUUGAAGGUGCUUCAGGUAUUGAGUUUAUGAAGCAAGUUCUUUUUUCUGGGUCUGAAUUAACAGUUGCACAGUCAGCAGUGCUUAUUCUUUCAUAUGCACUCAGGUACAGUUUACCUGCCUCUGCAUUGGAGGACCUGUUAAGAUUAAUUAGUCUACAUCUGCCAAACAACAACCUCAUACCACAAUCAUUGUUCAUGUUCAAAAAGAUGUUUAAAAAUCCUUCAGACGCCCUAAAUAUACAUUUUUAUUGUAAAACGUGCAAGGCUUACGUGCCUUCUGAAAGCGCUCAGUGCUGUGAAUGUAAUGAGGAGUGGAAUAGAGAAGGUAGCAUGAGAGAGGGUCAUUUCUUUGUAAGUUUAUCACUCAAAGAGCAGAUUGCUAAUAUAUUAGAAAAAGAAGAAUGUGUAAAAUCUGAUGGAGGUGAAAGAAAUGCUGCUAAGGGUGACACUUAUAAUGGAGCAUAUUAUAAAUCAAUCCCCCAGUUCACAGAGAGUGACAUUUCCUUACUAUGGAACUGUGAUGGGGUACCUGCAUUUAAGUCAUCUGCAUAUUCUUUGUGGCCAAUUCGGUGUGUGAUUAAUGAAUUACCACCAACUAUUCGUUUCAAGGUUUGGAAAAGAGAAGACUGAAAUGUCAACAUUUUUAAAACAGUUUGUUGAUGAUACUGAACAGAUAAAUACAGAAGGUGUCAAAUGGGUGCAUCCACAAACUAAGAGCACAUGUGUUUCAAAAGCAUUGGCAAUGUCAACAUCUAAAAUUAGCAAAUUUGUGAAAGACAUUCCUGUAAUGUACGGCAUGUCAAUCAUGUCAUACAAUGUACAUCAUCUUAAACAUCUGUGCAAUGCUGUUAAGGUGCACGGCCCCCUUUGGUGUACUUCUGCCUUUCCUUUUGAAGGGCACAAUCAGAAACUUAAAAAGUUGUUCCAUGGAACAAAUUAUAUUCCUACACAGAUUGCACAUCAGUUUGUAACUUUGAAAUCUGUGCUUCAAUUUUUGACAAAAUCUAAAACGGAGAAUGACAUUUCCCAUGUAGUUGAAAGGUUUGUCAAUGAAUGGGUGCAUGGAUAUCCUUUAAUUACAAAUGCAAAAGUCUUGGAAAAAAACCUUGUGCUACUUGGCAGUCCCACCCUAAGAACUCUGAACGCAUCACAGAAACUAACUUUGCUACCAUUAUGUAGUGCAGCUGCCAAUGACAGUGUUGCUGGAGCAGAGUUCUUUGACAGAGCUAUAAUAAAAGGAAAGGACACAAACACAAUAGCUAUACAGUUGAACUGAAAAAUGGGAAUAUUGGUCUGAUAAAGUAUAUAGUGCAUGUACCAUACUACCAGGCAAAUCUGUCUUUUAUCUUGGUACAGUUGUAUGAAACUGAGAUUGCACUUUUUUGGAGUGAUGCUGGCACAGGAAGAGCAGCAGCAUCUCAUAUCAAAUUAGCUGUACUGAAAGAGACAAUAAUUGCUGUAAAGCCAUGUGAUAUUGUAAGGAAAGUUGUCAAUAUUGGAAAAAUCGAUAGAAGUAACAAAUGCUAUGUCUCAUUGCAACCCAAUAGUAUUGAGCUUGAUUAACCCUUUGCAGUACAUUGAGUACUUUACUGUACUCUACUCACCUACUACUGAAUUCCAUUUAAAUAAUCCUAUUGAUAUAAAGAUCUUAAAGUAACCUAUAACAAAUCAAAUAGAAACUAAAAGAAUCAAAUAGGAUUAUUGAUAUCCUAUUGGAUUGUACUGGAAAAAAAUUAAAUCCUGUAGGAACCUUAUAGGAAAUCCAAUAGAAACUAAAAUAAUCCAAUAGGAUUAUAGAAAUCCUAUUGGAUUGUACUGGAAAAAAAAUGAAAUCCUAUAGGAUCUUUUGACUAGGGCAGGCACAUUAUUAUUAUUAUUACACCAUGUAACAAUUUUUUUUUUUUUUUUUUGGUUCCUGGGUAGUAAGUGUUAUUUCCUAAUUGCUUAUGCAUCAAAAGUAUAGAAAAUGGCUAUUAUUCCCCACAAACUUUGCUUUUGUGACCAGGACAGUGAUAUUUUGAAAUUUACCUAUUUCCAAUGAGAAAACGGGCGAAUUGUGUCUUUUCGUUCACAUAAAGUCAGAAAAAAACAACAUAUGAAUCCAAAUUAACAUGUAUUUAUACUAAAGUAAUACAAAAAUGACUACAAAAGAUUUAGAAGUGAGUAGUUUUUCGAGAUUUGCGAUUAUACUGUAAAUCACUUUCACGAAUCAGCCCCCAAAAACUGAGUCCCGUCCGCCCAACUCGAGAGGCAAACCUUUUUAAUGUCUUCAUUCGCCAUCUCGACAGCAAAGCUUUGUAUAGCGUAAGCUCUAUUGAAAGA